GGAGAUCACUCUAAUUUUCCUGGUUCUCUGCACGUGAUUAUUUCACAAACUUGAGCAAACGGGAAACGUCAACAGUGUCAGUCAAUACGGCGGUGUUAGCAAGAAUUUCAAGGGUUGGGAAGUUGGGACAGAGACUCUGGUUCUACCCCCAAGUCAGCACCACACAAUCUAUCCACAUGGCAGAGGCAAGCGGUUUCCAGUUUGUGGAGAUGAAAGGUGACUUAUUCAAGUGCCCGGAGACCGAUGCCAUUGUCCACUGCGUCAGCCAGGAUAUGCACAUGGGAAAGGGGAUAGCCGUCCUCUUCAAGAAAACAUUCGGUGGUGUUGAAGAGCUGAGGAAACAAGGGAAGAAGCCAGGUGAGACGGCAGUCUUGAAGAGGGGACCUCGGUACGUGUACUAUCUCGUCACCAAGCCCAAGUAUUUCAACAAGCCCACAUACGGUUCCUUGACUGCCAGCCUGGAGGACAUGAAGAAGCAUGUUGUGGAGAAUAAUGUGGUCAGCAUCUCCAUGCCCCGCAUCGGAUGUGGCCUGGAUGGUCUCCAGUGGCCCAAGGUCACAAACAUUAUUACGGAUGUGUUCUCAGACACUGAGGUCAAGGUCACAGCUUAUACACUCUGAGGGGGAGGAUCAAGAGGUUUCCAAUCUGUAUUUUGAUAGUGGCUGCAAGACUGCAAGAUUGUUUCGUUAUUUGUUACACUGGUCAAAGACCAGUGGAGGUAUUGGAAUGGCAGAUGUCUGAAUGUGACUGGUAUGAUUUUCACAACUAUUUUCAGUGAAAUCUUUGGAUGGCUGGUCCAGCCCAUUUUGUCUUUUAAGUUUGCUUAAAUUAUUGUGAUCUGAAUUCAAAAUUGCCACCAUGUCUGCCAUAUUGAUAGUCAAAUUGGAGCCAGUCUCAGCUAUUUGUGUAUUUGUCUUUGUGCAUUGUAGUAUGUAGCUGGUUUCAUCAUGUUGCCAGGGGCGGUCGGGUAGCCUAGUGGUUAAAGCGUUCGCUCAUCAUGCUCACUCACUCUCUCAUCAUGUUGCCCUCUCUCUCUGCAUUUUCAUUUCAGACUCUUUUCAAACUUUGAUUAAAAAUCCCAUGUAUUGUUGGAAGUGAGUAUGCGGUGAAUCUGAACAAAUUGUUAUUCAUAUCUUAUUGCCUAUUUGGACAAUUGAACACAUGCGGGCACACACCCACACAGAUAUCCAAGCUGUUCACUGGAGAAAUAGUCCUAGAUGAAAAGUUUCAAAAGCUGUAUUAUCUGCCGAGGUCUUUUUCAAUGUUGACAACUGAAUAACAAAGUUACUUAAAGAACACAAUUGUCUGUGCAUUGCUAUAGCAUAGACAGAAAAUGUUGAAUGUGAUCAUGUGAAUUGUAACUUUUCUGUAGGUUAGUGAUCCGGAAUAUCAGUUGAUCACAAUUUCAAUUAUGGGUCUUCUUUUCUUUUUGCUGUUGAUAGGGUUGACGUUAUAUGGCCUUGAAGGUAGGCAUGGAAUUUGAAGUCAUAGGCACAGUGUUUUGAAAUCAUUUUAAAACCCAACAAGACAGUUGGGCAGGUGACCGAUAAGUAUUGCCUGCUCAUCUCGCAAGUUACCUGUGACAUUAAGACAUUAUUAUUGAAAAAUCGCAAAAACAAUAUAAGAGACAAAUCAUGUCUUGAUUCAGUUGAAAUAAUGCAACAAAAUUGCUUGAGAAUCUACAAGAAGUUAUAAUAAAACAGAAUAUGUCUGUAGUCUUAUACGUAUCUGCCAGACAGUCGAGCAGGUGGAGAAACAUUUCAUGGAGCCCGACAGAAAAAGUUACCUGCCACAGGCAGUUUUUUCGGACACUGCAUUGGCAGCAGUGAGCUGAAAUCUAAAAAAGAUCUUACUGUGUGAGUCAUGAUUUUGUUUGUCUUAUUCACAAGGAAUGAAUGUGUUGGUAACUAGUGUCUUCCUACAGUAUUUCAUUCACUUACAUACUUUUUACUAUAGUAAUCUAUCUGUUGGGUAUUGUGACACAGCCUUCCAAUUGUGGGUGUUCUUUAAUUUGUUUGAUGUAGUAUAGUACCAAUCUACUUCCAGAUUAGUACUUUCAUCUUGGAGUAGUGUAUUUUUGUACAUCAUUAUUUGAAUCUCAUCUGUAAUUUCAGCCAGUGAAAUCCUGUUUUGUGAAAGAGCUAUAGGGAUGUGACCACAUCCUCAUCUUGGAGGUUUGCUCGGACACUAUGCGUAUGAUUACAUGUCCAAGGCAUGGAGAGAACGUUUCUUCUUAUUUGUUGUCACGGAUGACAAUGUUGUAUGGGAUACAUAUUUUUCUACCUUUCUGGAUAAUUAUUUAAAUCUGCUUUUGUAGAUAUGUGCUAUGUAAAUAAAUGUUUUCUCUUA